AUGAAAAUUAAUAUAAAACGCAUUGACAAGACGCUUCCGUUGCCGAAAUACGAAACCGCCGGUUCCGUCGGCUUCGAUCUGAUUUGUCGAGAAUCCGCAGAGAUUGUCCCACAGUCUAUCGUCCUAAUCCCCGCGAACGUUAUCGUUGAAACACCCCCCGGUUAUAUGCUGAUGGUGUGUUUGCGAAGUAGUACACCGCGCAAAUUCGGUUUGAUGGUGCCGCAAGGCGUAGGUAUCGUUGAUAACGAUUAUUGUGGUGAAGAGGACGAACUGAAAAUUCAAGUCUACAAUUUCACAGACAGCAUCGUGAAUGUUGAAAGAGGCAGUCGCAUCGCCCAAGCCAUUUUCGUGCGUGUAGACACAGCAGAAUGGAAUGAGGUCGAAAAGAUGUCCGCCGCCUCCCGAGGUGGAUUCGGUAGCACAGAUCGGUAA